AUGGAAACAUACAUUCGCUUAGCUGACUCGGUUAUUGAAUUCGAUAUCGAAUUUCUUGGCACACCCACAAGUGAACACACCAAGCAUUCGCUGAAAAUUCAGCAAGAGGAGCUAAAGGUGAUGUGGGAGAAAGCCAAAGCACUUUUUGAUGACUUGCUGGCUACGGAAUCAAUUGGUGCUAAAGAUCUAAGUUCGAUACGUAAGAAAGGAAAAACGUGCUAUGCAGCUUUUGUGCGAUGUAUGUCCAAAAUAAACGAUUUGUCGGAAAAAUUUGAAAAAUCCGAAAAGGAAGAUGAGGACAUGUCAGCCACACAGCAUAAUUUACACCUACCGCCUUGUGAUAUCGACGCAUUCAAGGGCGAUUAUUUGUCAUGGCCAACAUUUCGUGACAUGUUCACGGCUAUAUAUAUAUUGAACAAGCGGCUGACACCCAUUCAAAAGCUUUACUAUCUUAGUCAGAAAACGCAGGGUGAAGCCAAAGAAAUUGUUAAGAAAUGCGACCUGACAAAUGAUGGGUUUAAUAUAGCCUGGAAGAAUUUGUGCGAUAGUUGAAGAUCCUCUUCAAUCUACAGGCGGUGGAAACUGAAUGCGGGAGUGCAAUUAAAAGAUUGCAAAGGGAUAUAAACAAUUGCAUAUCUUCCCUGGAGAGUCAUAAAAUUGACAUUUCAACCUGGGAUCCAAUAAUUACAUACCUUUGCUCCACAAAAUUACCAGAAGAGACUCUUUCGC